AUGGUGGGCUGGAAUGUUAUACAUGCCUUGAUGUAUGAAGAGGGAUUCAUUAUUGAGUUUUUUGAGAAACCAAAAGACAUGCUUGAAGCUUUGAUAGAUGCUACUACCAAUUCGAGAAUUGAUGAUCUGAACUGGCAAGAGACACCUUACCUUGCCACUGUGGAUAUUUAUGUUCUGUACAGGAAAGUGAUGUUGAAUUUGCUUCAAGCGAAGUUCUCAAAAGCUACAGUUGUUCAGGGCGCAGCCUAUAUAAGCCUAAGAGUUAAAGCUUACAUGGCUGGUGGCUGUUCUAAAGACAUUGCUCACACUUGGUUGUCAAAAUUUCCAGCAGUUCAAUUUUGCAGAUUAAGUGAUGAUGCACGUACACUAGGCCCGCUACUAAUUGACAGAGCUAGUGCAUUUCUUUUGCUCAAGGUAACCCAGAUUGUCCAUACUGCGAACAUUGGUUUUGAGCUCUGCACAGGUUUGAACAUGAUGUAUUCUAAACUAUUGGUUAUGCCUAUGCUUGUCAUUUAUGCAAUUGUUUCUCUAUUUGAGUAUCUAUAUUGUUGGAAUGUUGAUUCAUCAAUGACAGAACAUGAGUCGGCUUUUCUAGAAACAGAAGGUGUAGAAAAUUUGCACAAAUGGGGUUGGUACAAACUCCAGAUUGUAGCAAAUGCUACAGUGGGAGUUGAUUAUCUUAACCGUUUAGUUCUUAGGGGGAUCUGCAACGACACAACAAGGAGGGCGUUGAAGGAUUUAAUCGUUCAGAAUCGUCCUCAGAUCGUCUUUCUCUGUGAGACAAAAAGCAGUAGCGUUUCUGGCUUCCGUGAUCUACAUCAUGCGCUAGGAUUUCCACACUCAAAGGAGGUGUUGAGUGUUGGGCAAUCAGGAGGGUUAGGGAUGUUCUGGAAUGAUGAAGUUAAUGUGCAGGUUCGUACUUUUUCUGCCCACCAUAUUGAUCUGGAGAUUGGUGGUGGUCCGGGAGAUCCGAGAUGGAGGCUAACUGGGUUUUAUGGGUAUCUUACAACGGCGGAGAGAGAUAAGUCUUGGAAAUUGCUCAGAGACCUCCGUGAUCUGGAUUCCUUGCCUUGGGUUGUUAUUGGGGAUUUCAAUGAAAUUCUUAAUAAUAGCGAGAAGUUGGAUGGACCUCCAAGAGCAGAGCGACAAAUGCGUGGGUUUCGUGAAGCCCUAGGAUAUGGGGACCUUCUUGAUCUAGGGUUUCAAGGAGUGAUGUCUACGUGGUGGAAUUCUGAGACAAGACUCAGACUGGAUCGUGCGGUCUGCACCCCUUGUUGGUACGAUAUCUUUGGUUGUGCUCGAGUCCGACAUUUACCGCCGAGUGAUUCAGAUCACGUCCCAAUAUUGCUGCAGGCUAGUGCAGUUCAGUUGCCCCAGCAAUCAAGUCGGCAUCGCUUCAAAUUCGAAGCGUUUUGGCUUCAGCAUGGUGAGUGUGAUGGGGUAGUGAAGAGUGCAUGGGCUACUGACGUUGUUGGUAGCCCUAUGUAUUCUGUUGUUAAGAAAAUUGAGCACACUCGCCUGCGACUCAAUGUCUGGCAGAGGCAGACUUUUAAGGCUCGUCAGCAGGAGAUGCUAGGCAUAAGGGAACGUCUAGAGGAGUUGUUAGGGGUACCGUUUACGAUGGGUGCUCAACAUGAGAAGAAAGAUUUGAUGGGUCGUCUACAGUCACUUCUGUCACAGGAAGAGUUGUUUUGGCGACAAAGAUCAAAGGUUUCUUGGUUAAAGGAGGGGGAUAGGAAUACUAGCUAUUUCCAUCGAAAAGCUGCAAAUCGAAGGAGGAAGAAUUCGAUUCCGGGUUUGUAUGAUGAACAAGGUCAAUGGUGUGAUGACGAUGAUGGAAUGGAAAAGGUUGUCACUAACUACUUCACAAAAAUGUUUACUGCAUCAAACAUUGAUCUGGAAGCUGUAGAAACUACUCUUGCAGCUAUACAGCCUUGUGUCACGCAUGGUAUGAAUGAGAAGCUUUGUGCGUCGUAUUCUCAAGAGGAAGUGAAGAAUGCAUUAUUCCAGAUGUAUCCUACUAAAUCUCCGGGACCGGAUGGCAUGCCUCCCAUUUUUUUCCAACACUAUUGGGAAACUAUUGGAGCAGAUGUUACAGAGGCAGUUCAGGAUUUUCUGCAUUCAGGUCAACUACUUCCUCAAAUCAACUUUACUCAUAUUUGCUUGAUUCCCAAAGUAAAUAAUCCGGAACACAUGUCGGAUUUGAGGCCAAUUGCUCUCUGUAAUGUGAUUUACAAAAUUUGUUCAAAGGUAAUUGCUAACAGGUUGAAGCAGGUUCUACCCUCUCUGAUUUUCCCUUAUCAGAGUGCUUUUGUUCCUGGGAGGUUGAUCACUGAUAACAUUCUGGUAGCUAAUGAGAUUGCCCACUUUGUUCAUAAUAAGAGAGAGGGAGGGGAAGGUUUUAUGGCAUGGAAGCUCGAUCUCAGUAAAGCAUAUGAUCGAAUCGAAUGGACUUUUCUAAGAAAGGUUCUGGACCGGUUUGGUUUUAAUCAUGGUUGGAUUGAGAUGGUGAUGCAGUGCAUUAGUUCAGUGAGAUACUCUUUUUUGGUGCGUGGAAAACCCCGAGGUUUAGUUAUUCCAAGUAGAGGAUUGAGACAAGGGGAUCCACUAUCCCCUUAUCUAUUUCUACUUGGCGUUGAAGGUUUUUCUGCUUUGCUAAGACAGAAACAGGAGAUGGGUUUUCUCCCAGGUAUUGAGGUAUUUCAUGAUGCUCCAGCCGUAAAUCAUCUUUUAUUCGCGGAUGAUAGUAUGUUAUAUGCUCAUGCUUCUUUGGAGGACUGUUACCAGAUUCAGGAUGUUAUUGAAACAUAUGGGAGAGCUUCUGGACAACUUGUUAAUUUCGAUAAGAGUUCAGUGGUUUUCAGUAAGAAUGUGUCAGACUUUAUGCAAGAUGAAGUGUCGAGUCUACUAGGUGUUGAGGUGGUUGAAUCUCAUGAACGUUAUCUAGGGCUGCCUACUUAUGUGGGGAGGAAGAAAACAGCUACCUUUCAAUUUAUUAAGGACAAUCUAGCUAAGAAGCUUUCUUGUUGGCAAGGGAAGAUGUUGAGUGGAGCAGGAAAAGAUAUAUUGAUCAGAGGAAGCACUAAUGACAAGAGGAAAAUACAUUGGAAAACAUGGAAUGCCUUGUGUAAUCCGAAGGAAGAGGGAGGUCUUGGCUUUCGUAGCCUUUCAAACUUCAAUUCAGCAAUGCUUGUUAAGCAGGUGUGGAGGGUGAUUUCUAACCCCAACUCUCUUUUUGCUCGUCUUUAUAAAGCAAAGUACUACCCUACAGAGUCCUUUUGGACAGCAGAAUUACAUACCUCUCCUUCUUAUUCAUGGAAAAGUAUUUUCUCUACCAGGGAACUUUUACAAGAAAGUGUUUAUUGGCAGAUUGGUAAUGGGACGCAGGUAAACAUUUGGUCGGACUCAUGGGUGCCUAGCUUACCAAGUGGGCAACCCGAUGUGAAUGCAACGGCCUUGGAGGAGGUGGCCGGGGUACAGGAUCUGAUCUCCAAUACUGGAAGUUGGAAUGUUGAGCUAAUUAAUAGGCUUUUUUCUGUGGAGGAAGCAGAAGCGAUAUUGAGCAUACCACUAAGCUCAAGGAAUGUAGAAGAUAGAUUGGUAUGGAAGUUGGAGAGGGACGGUAAGUAUUCGGUAAAAACUGCUUAUCGAUUCUCUUUUUCUCAUUCUAAUUCUAGAAGUCCAUUUGAACUCUUUGUUGGUGUCGAUUUUUGGAAGAAAUUAUGGAAGGUUGUGAUGCCUAGUUCAGCGAAGAUUCAUAUUUGGAGGGUUUGUCAUAACAUUCUCCCUUCAAAGGACAGGUUACUGUCUAGAAGAGUGCCUUUGGAAACACAGGUUUGUGUUCUUUGUGAAAGUGCAACUGAGACAUCUUUGCACAUUUGUCGUGAUUGUCCUUUUACAAAACAGGUUUUACAGGGUAAUGGUGUGUUGGUUCACACUUGUUUCAGUCCACAAGCUUUGAAUUGUGACUUGCUAGGGUGGUUGAGCAUCUGUGUUCAGGCUUUAUCGUUAAAGGAUUUGGGGGAUCUUCUGUUUCUUUUGUGGAGUGUGUGGAAGGAAAGAAAUAGUAGAGUAUGGGAUGAUAAGAAAGGUCAACCUUGGGAUGUUCUGCUUAAGGCUACUACAAGAUUACAGGAUUUUCGUGUUCAUAAUACUAGGCCGACAUUGAGGGAGACUAGCAGCUCAAGAUUGGCUCGGUGGCGGGCUCCAUCAGUGGGGAUCUAUAAAAUUAAUGUGGAUGGCAGUUUUGAUCAUGUUUCAAGAAAAGGUAGCGCUGGUUUUGUGGUGCGUGAUUGCAAUGGCACCAUGAUAGCAGGUGGAGGGAAACCGCUGUGUGGUUUGCUUUCAACUGAACAUGCCGAAGCAUUGGCAUGUAAACUAGCUUUUGAUUUUGUCUUGGAUCAGGUUUUGGUACCGGCCAUAGUGGAGACUGACUCUCAGCUUGUGCAGCAGCAAUUGUGCAGGUCUGAGGGGAGUAAUUUCUCACAGCUUGGGCGGAUUUAUGAUGAUUUGGGCUCCACCUUGAGAGCUCACUCUAAUUUGAAUGUAGUUUAUACUAGAAGAGGUGCUAAUAAAGCAGCGCAUCUGAUGGCUGCAUCUGCUAGUUCGUUCUCUCGAGAAUGUUUUUAUUUUUCUCCUCCUCCCUUUCUGCUUGCUGUUAUUGCAGCUGAGCAAGACCAUAUGUAA